AUUCAUCACAAAAUGACCUUGACAUUUCAUGGUGUGUUUUUUUCCUUCACCUUGAUCUCACUUCUGCUUCAAGUAUUAGGACAAACUGAUAACUGGCCAACAAAGUACCGCCAUUUCGCAACAUGGAAGUGCUAUCUUAUUUUCGAUAAUAAGAUUUCUUGUACCGAAGAGAAAGCAGAAUGUGAAAAUUUGAAUAGCUCCCUGGCUGAGUUUGAGGACGUUAAAGAAGCAUAUACAUUUAUUUCUAACUUUUAUAACUUUCCAACGGAGAACCACCAUCUCGCCCUAGGGAAGUGCUAUAUUCUUUUUGAUAACAAGUUAUUUUGGACAGAAUCUAAAGCAGAAUGUGAAAGUUUGAUUAGCACCGUGGCUGAGUUUAAAGACAUUAAAGAAGCAUAUACGUUUAUUUCUAACGUUUAUAACUGUCCAACAGAGUACCAUUAUUUCGCACUAGGGAAGUGCUACAUUAUUUUUGUUAAUAGGUUAUCUUGGACGGAAGCUAAGGCAGAAUGUGAAAGUUUGAAUAGCUCCCUGGCUGAGCUUGAAGACAUUAAAGAAGCAUAUACAUUCAUUAACUACGAAGCCAAUUUUUGGAUUGGCGUGUACGACUAUAAACCUGAGCAGUCCUGGGUUUGGAUCAGUGACAACAAAACAGUCAACAUGUCUUAUUGGAAUGAUUUGUCGGAAUAUCUCAUCAACGAAACUUGUGGACUUCUGUUUUUUUACGAUGUUCCGAACAUCCAUGGUGAUUAUUGUGAUUCACUAGAAUACUUUAUAUGUAUGAGUUUACCUGUAGCAUCAACAGUUACCACUUCUACAACUGAGGCACCAACCACCACAACCCUAUCUACAACUCAGGCACCAACGACAACUACCACUUCUACAACUGAGGCACCAACCACCACAACCGCAUCUACAACUGAGGCACCAACGACAACUACCACUUCUAUAACUGAGGCACCAGCCACAACUACCACUUCUACAACUGAGACACCAGCCACAACUACCACUUCUACAACUGAGGCACCAGACACAACUACCACUUCUACAACUGAGGCACAAGCUACAACUACCACUUCUACAACUGAGGCACCGUCCACAACUACCACCACUUCUUCUGAAGAAACGACAUCAACAAGUUCACAACUGUCGACCUACUCCUACAGCCAGAUAUCAACAACUUCUCUAGCUACUACUAUGAGUACUAUCCCCAACUUAAAUUCUCCAGUUGGGAAUAUAAUCGAGACCACUACAAAAUCUAGAGAUAUAUCUUCACAUCUGGCGCUUAAACAUAUAUCAUCACAUCUGGCUCUCAAACAAAUAUCAUCACAAGUGGCUCUCAAACAUAUAUCAUCACAUCUGGCUCUCAAACAUAUAUCAUCACAUCUGGCUCUCAAACAAAUAUCAUCACAUCUGGCUCUCAAACAUAUAUCAUCACAUCUGGCUCUCAAACAUAUAUCAUCACAUAUGACUCUCAAACAUAUAUCAUCACAUCUGGCUCUCAAACAUAUACGAUCUUAUCUGGCUCUCAAACAUAUAUCAUCACAUCUGGCUCUCAAACAUAUCAUAACAUCUGGCUCUCAAACAUAUAUCAUCACAUCUGGCUCUCAAACAUAUAUCAUCACAAGUGGCUCUCAAACAUAUAUCAUCACAAGUGGCUCUCAAACAUAUAUCAUCACAUCUGGCUCUCAAACAUAUAUCAUCACAUCUGGCUCUCAAACAAAUAUCAUCACAUCUUUCUCUCAAACAUAUAUCAUCACAUCUGGCUCUCAAACAAAUAUCAUCACAUCUUUCUCUCAAACAUAUAUCAUCACAUCUGGCUCUCAAACACUUAUCAUCACAUCUGGCUCUCAAACAUAUAUCAUCACAUCUGGCUCUCAAACAUAUAUCAUCACAUAUGACUCUCAAACAUAUAUCAUCACAUCUGGCUCUCAAACAUAUAUCAUCCCAUCUGGCUCUCAAACAAAUAUCAUCACAUCUGGCUCUCAAACAUAUAUCAUCACAUCUUUCUCUCAAACAUAUAUCAUCACAUCUGGCUCUCAAACAAAUAUCAUCACAUCUUUCUCUCAAACAUAUAUCAUCACAUCUGGCUCUCAAACACUUAUCAUCACAUCUGGCUCUCAAACAUAUAUCAUCACAUCUGGCUCUCAAACAUAUAUCAUCACAUAUGACUCUCAAACAUAUAUCAUCACAUCUGGCUCUCAAACAUAUAUCAACACAUCUGGCUCUCAAACAUAUAUCAUCACAUCUGUCUCAAUUGUGUCAAUUUCAAUAGUAGUUUGA